UCGGUGUACUUUGAUCAUACCCCUUCUCUUUCACUAGUGCUGGGUGAUAUAUGUUGAAGAGACCUUGAGCUACAUUGAUGUGCCACAUUUUCCCGGGAUUGUCAUACAAUUGCGAACUCGGAUGUGAAACCGUUACUUUAUGGGGAUGAUCCAUCAGGUGAAGCAGUGAUUCAAGCCAAAGGGGAUGGUUCUUGGCAUCAAGCACCAAGCGAGGCUUGUGCCAAGAAGGGGGAAGACCAAGAAUUGAAAGCGUUUAAUUUCUCGUUUUUUGGAGCUCUUGUGUGCGGAAGACACUGAAAUAAAACUGUUUUCCUUUUAGGGAAACGCGUUAUCCACCCCAAAGCGUCCGGACUGUGUGAUAAAUCAACAACAUAGCAGAGUGACAAAGUACAGGUUGAGUCAAAGGAGUUUAUCGGGCUGCGGUUGGAAGAGGAACACUGAUCAAGACAGCAGUACAGCGGCAUAGGUUUUCAUGUCUCCUCUCCACACACCUGUAAAGGUUUCCACUUCCUGCGAUACCAUCACACCAUGCCUGAGGGGGCGGGCCGAGGCAGCCAGAGAAAGCCCAGCAACCAAGCUGCCAAGCGCCCCUCCUCCGUGUCCUCCCUGAGCAGCAUUGUGAGUAGGAUGACCUCGUCGGAGCGCGCCUCCCGCGGGAGCUGCACGUCGGUCAACACGGUGUGCUCGGACAGCGACCGCACGGCCAGCCUCAGCUCCUCUGCCUCCUCCGUCUCCCUGCAGGACGGACACUCUUCCUCUUCCUCCUCGCUGCCCUAUGGGGCCGUGCCUGCCUACCCUUCCUCGCCGCAGCGCAACGGCUCCGACAUCAGCCUGGACCUCACUCCUCUCUCUCAACUCCCAGCAGGGGUAAACCCUGCCACCGCCGCGUCCCUGCCCAAGCUGUCUCGCUUGGAGAGGGUGGCGCUGGAGAUAGUGGAGACGGAGCAGGCAUACGUGAGGGACCUGAAGAGCAUCGUAGAGGACUACCUGGGUUGCAUCAUUGACUGUGGGGACCUGCCGCUCAAGCCAGAGGAAGUCAGCACUCUGUUCUGCAACAUUGAGGACAUCUAUGAGUUCAACAGUGAGCUUCUGGAGGACCUGGAGAGGAGUCCUCAUGCAGCAGCCAUUGCUGAGUGCUUCGUUGAGAGGAGCGAAGCCUUCGACAUAUAUACCCUGUACUGUAUGAACUACCCCAACUCGGUGGCUGUUCUGAGGGACUGCAUGAAGAACAAGAGCCUGGUGGGCUUCUUCCAGGAGAGGCAGACCACCCUGUGCCACUCCCUGCCCCUGGAGACCUACCUGCUGAAGCCAGUGCAGAGGAUCCUCAAGUACCACCUCCUGUUGCAGGAGCUGGCCAAACACUUUGAUAAAAGUGACCCUGGCUACGAGGUAGUGGAGGAUGCCAUCAUCACCAUGACAGCCGUGGCCUGGUACAUCAACGAUAUGAAGAGGAAGCAGGACCACGCCGUCAGGCUGCAGGAGGUUGAGAGCUUGUUGACCAACUGGACAGGUCCAGACCUGAGUGGCUUUGGGGAGCUGGUGUUGGAGGGCGCCUUCAGGGUUCAACGGGUCAAGAAGGAGAGGGCAUUCUUCCUCUUCGACAAGAUGCUGCUUAUCGCUAAAAAGAGGCUGGAGCAUUUCAUCUACAGCACCCACAUAUUUUGCUGUAACCUUCUUCUCGUAGAAACCAUGAAGGACCCCCUGUGUUUUAAGGUGUCUGAUCAGACCAUCCCCAAACAGCAGCACAUUGUACAGACCAAAAACCAGGAGGAGAAACGCCUUUGGCUGCACUAUCUCAAGAGGCUGAUAGUGGAGAACCAUCUUGCCUCUCUACCCCAGAAGGCAAGGCAGGUACUCGGUGACAACUUCUGUCAAUCUCCUCAGUUUGAUCAGGAUCGUUUUAAAAAAUCCUCUCCAAGAUGCGAUGAAUACCAUCGAGGGAGACGCCAAUCAGAGCCCCCAGAGUUCAUCUACACCCCAGAGAAGGCCAAGAAGAGCCUUCCCCUGCUGCUGGAGGGGAACCUGUCCUAUCGCCGUGGCAGGAGGCAGUCUGUGCUUCAGUCUGUCAGUGCUGAAAGAUUUGGCACGUUUUUAAUGGAAAGUAAACACACCCUUGUUUGUUUCCCCCAACCAUUCCUAUCUUCUCAUGGAAUCCAGUCUCUUCAAAGGCUGGCAGCGAGGGGGAGCUGUGUCCUGGGGCAGAUAGCCUGGGAUUCUCAGGCAGCACCAACACCCUGGCCUCCUCUGUGAUGGAGGUGGAGGCUGAGGCAGAGUGUCCGGAACCCUCCCUGGGCCUGGAAGAAGAGGACCUACCCCCCCUGAGCGCCCCACCCACCCUCUCCAUCACC